UCUCUUCACUGAUCAUUCAAACAAGAGUUGUGAAGAAUGGCCUCUUCAAAAUUCAUCUUUCUUGCAUUCUUCGCAAUAACUUCAUCUCUUUGCUUUGCUUUUGAUCCAAGUCCUCUACAAGACUUUUGUGUUGCUGAUUUUACUUCUCAAGUGUUUGUGAAUGGAUUUGCGUGCAAAAACCCUACAACAGUCACAGCUGAGGAUUUCUUUGUCUCGGGCCUCAACAACCGUGCUAAUACAAUGAAUCCUCUUGGCGUUAAUAUAUCUACAGCAUCAGUAUUUCAAGUCCCAGGAUUGAAUACUCUUGGUCUUACCUUGGUUCGCAUUGACUAUGCUCCUGGAGGAGUUAACCCUCCUCAUACUCAUCCUCGUGCUACCGAAGUCAUUGUUGUUCUUGAAGGCACUAUUUACGCUGGUUUUGUCUCUUCUAGUCCCAAUGAUACACUCUACUCGAAGGUUUUAUCCGCCGGUGAUGUUUUUGUUUUCCCUCAAAGCCUUACACACUUCAAUAUGAAUUAUGGCAAAUCAAAUGCAACUGCAUUGGUAGCAUUCAACAGCCAAAAUCCUGGUACCAUCAUAGAUGCUAAUAAUCUAUUUGGAGCAACACCUCCAAUUAAUGAUUAUCUUCUUGCCAAAGCAUUCCAAUUGAGUAAGGAAACUAUUGACGAACUUCAAGCUAAGACUUGGCCUAAUCCUGCUGCUACGAACAUAACUACUAAUAAUGUCUUUGGAGUUAAUUAAAAUACUCUA